AACUCCCGGGAGAAGGGGCCGUCACGAUGAGCAGCAGAGCGGGCGUCGACUACAGCGUCUGGGAUCACAUUUAUGUGUCCGACGAUGAAGACGUGACCAGUCCGUUCGUCGACACGCCGAGCUUGUUCCGAAUGAGACACCGGGUCAGCAGUGAAACUUGUAGUAGCUGUGGAGUUUGGAGUCUUUUACCUGGUUAGUUUUACUAGUAGAAGUGACUUAAAUAGUGGCGUUAACCAAAGGAGUCCGUACAGAGAGAGCUCUGACCCAACAGGUGUUACACGGAAAUCUGUGACCCGUCAGAUUCUGUGCCACCUGCAAGCAGAAGACUCGCACGCAAACUCUUUUGUAUAGCACUUUAAAAAGAGUUACAAAGGACUUCAUUGGAUGGGAAAUUGAAAGAGUGGGAAAUUGAAGAGACAAAGAACACGUUAUAUGAAAACAGAAACAGGCUUGUUCCAACUAAUAUUUCCCAAGAUAUUUGAGACACGUCUCCCACACCAGGCACUGAUUCAUUAUUGCUGUGUGAAAUAGUCUUAACAUUGCAAAAUGUAGCUGCUUGGUAAGUAGAUCUCUGUCAUGCACACUUUUGUUUUGAAUGCAUGUGUUCUUCUAAUUUCACUCUUGAGCUUCUUUUCCCUUCCUGAUCCUCUACAUUCUCCCUGCAACCCCCACCAUCUGUCUUGUGUGUUUUUCUUUUAAUUUAUUUAUUAACUGUCAUCCACUCUGGCCUGACACAACAGACCCGACUGGAGAGAAUGGCUGAGUUUCAGCAGAGAGGCGAAGAUCUAGAGAGUAACGUAUUAGAAUGCAAGAGUCUAUUAGAGGAAGCCCAGGGACGACUUAAAGAGCUGGAGGAAGGAAGGAACGAGGGAGAGGAGGAUGAGGAGAGAGAGGCUGAGCUAAAGAAAGUCCAGGCCGUGGUGAGGAAGCUGAAGAAAGAUGAAAAGUCCUAUGAGAAAAUGCUCGAAGAACAUCGGCGAGAAGCAAAGAAACAGCCCUGGGAUGUUGACACUAUCAGCAAAGAAGGUUUCAGCAAAAGUGUAGUUAACAUCAAGCCUGUAACAAAGGAGGAAACGGAGAAGGAAAAGGUGGAGAAGCACAAGACCUUUGUGGAGAAGUAUGCAAAGGAGAUCAAACACUUUGGUAUGCUGCGGCGAUGGGAAGACAGUCAGCAGUAUCUGUCUGAUAACCCACAUCUGGUGUGUGAAGAGACGGCUAAUUGCCUUGUUGUCAUCUGUAUUGACUUUGAGAUAGACGAGAAACAUGCACUGAUGGAGCAGGUGGCCCACCAGGCCAUCGUCAUGCAGUUCAUCUUGGAUUUGGCUCGGACGCUUGAGGUUGACCCAAGAGGCUGCUUCAGAAAAUUCUUUUCAAAGAUCAAGACUGCAGACAAGCCGUACCAAGAUGCAUUUGAUCGUGAGCUGAAGUUGGUGAAGGAGCGGAUACGCAGCUGUGCCGAGGCUCGUAUGGAGGACGCUAUGAGGGAGAUGGAGGAAGAGGAGAAGCAGAAGAGACUGGGCCCAGGUGGUUUAGACCCUGUAGAGGUCUAUGAGUCACUGCCAAAGGACUUACAGAAGAGCUUUGAUGAGAAAAACCUUCAGAUGCUGCAGGAAGGGCUCAGCAAACUGGACCUGGAGGAGGGAAACUACCACCUGAGGAGGUGUAUUGACUCUGGACUGUGGGUCCCUGAUGCAGUAGAGGGUGAUAAUGAAGAUGAUGAGGAAGAAGAUUAAUAAGAAAAAAAUAUUUAUUUUUAGCUUAUGUGUGCAAAUAAUACUUCAUAUAUCCAACAAAAUGUACGUAUGUAGAUAUUCAAUAAGAACAAUGGAUUAAACCAUCAUGUGAUAAUAAAAGGGGAAUACUUUUGGCAGUGUUCAGUCAAAAGCACUUUUACUUUUUUUCUUUCAAUUUUAAGACACAUUGUGCAUCCAACUUAACAAAAUAAAGACAGAAUUAGUAUAUUUUAAGCUUGCCUCAGUCUAUUACAUUGCCGACACUUGACUCUGAAUUAAUGUUGUAAGAAUCAGCUGAAUUAAUAAUGAUUACCAAUUUACUCCUGUAUAUUUAUUAUAUAUUUUCACAUUAGAGACUUUGCAAGAGCAGUCACUCAUUCUGUUUUUUAUUUAUUUAUGUGUUUUUUCUAGUAAUGGCUAAGACAUUGGCUUAUACCUGUGAUAAAUGAAACUAAGAUUCUGAUAGAAACAGUAUCUCUGGGAUUCAGGCUUGAUAGCACCUUUCAAAUCAAUUUUCAAAUAAAUUUUAUUCAUAUAGCCCAAAACCACAAAUCACAGAUUUGCCUCAAAGGGCUUCCUUUAAGGACAGGGACUCCAAUCAGAGUGUUCAAUCCACAAAUACUUGGCAAUAACUUGGCCAAAUACAGCUCAUGGAUGUAUGUGGGUGGUGUGGUCUA